GACAAGGUGGUGAUUAUACUGAUUUUAAGCAUAUUGUGUUUGCACCAGCAAAGGGUAAUCAAUAUGCAGCAACUGGUUUUCCUUCUGUGAGUGAUGCUGUUGCUACUGGUAAUUCAAGAGAAAUCGAUAGUCAAGUAGCAAUAGCAACGUAUUUUGUGCGUGGUGCUCUAUCGACAUUGAAGGAGUUUGAUAAUUUUUUUUCUUAA